UCACAGUGUACACAAGGAGACAGAGUUGUGGUCUUUUCUGAGGUCACGGUGGAGAGAAAGGGGGAGGAGAAAUGCACUGAUGCCAAGUCCUGGACAGUUAAAUUAGAGGGGUAGCUAAGCAAGGAGGCAUGUUUUAGUUUUAGGGAGAGCUGCAAUCAGUCUUGACCUCAAGCAUUGUCAAGUGGUGACAUUUCAGGGCGAAGAAGAAGAAAGAAAAAAAGAAAAAGUUUACCAAAUGGGAGUUUAAAAGUGGCGGCACCCUGGUGACUUCCAGCUUCUUCAGUGUCAUCAAGUUGGGGGUCUAGAUUUCCAGCCACCGCUGCCCCUCAAGUGCCACUUGCCUCCGAGGCGCAGGUGGAGCAGCCAUGUCCACUGGCUCUGCCGCAAGUGAUGCCGAGGACUACGAGACCUGUCACAGGGCGGCUGCGCGGAAGACCACCUGCUACAACCGGUAUUCGGAUGAGGAGCUGGAGGAUGAAGGCGUGGAGGGGAGGAAUCUCAAGCACGAGCGCAAGCUCUCCAAGACGCACCAGAAGGAAGCGCGCCAGACGCAGAGAAACGCGGCCAACGCGCGGGAGAGGGCGCGGAUGAGGGUGCUGAGCAAAGCCUUCUCCAGACUGAAGACCAGCCUGCCCUGGGUGCCGGCGGACACCAAGCUGUCCAAACUGGACACGCUCCGACUCGCCUCGAGCUACAUCUCUCACCUGAGACAGCUCCUGCAGGAGGACCGCUUCGAGAACCGCUUCGCGCACCCAGUCAAUCUGACGUGGCCUUUCCUGAUGACGGGGCGAUCCGACGACGGCCAAGACAUGUCGUCCGCUGUAAGACUGUGUGGAGCAACAGCGUAGGACUCCCUUCUUGAUUCAUCUGCAGCCUGAAAAGCCUGAUUCAUCUGCAGACAUGAAAUAUUGACUCCUCCUCCUCCUCCACUGCCAAAAACCGCCCGCAAGACUCAGUCGCUGCGCCCCGGACAAAAAGACUUUGAAUUCAACCUGUAACACACCGCGGAUUGUAUAUUUCAGAGCAUGUCAGAACUAUAUAGUGUGUUUUUCAGAUGUAUUUUCCUGUGUGCAUGUUUGCUGUAACUAGUAUUAUGGCAUGUUUACACUGUGUGUAAGAUCAUUUAUAUUGGAUUUAAAGUCUGGAUUUUACAAACACCA